AUGACGAGCAUCUCUACAGCCGAGUCAAGUGAGAAGGCUACCGCACAGGGCGCCAUUGCUCAGGCCCGAGUGUUGGGGGGCAGCAUAGGGCUCUCCAUCUGCACAGUCAUAUUUAACAUUCACGUUAACCGAUAUUUAGAAGGACACUUGACCGAACCACAGCUUGAAAGUCUUCAUCGAUCGCCGUUAUCAGGACUGCAACUACCCAUCGACCAGCGAGAUCUAGUUAAGACCGUCUAUGCUGGAGCAUAUGCUGAGGAGAUCAAGAUUAUGGCCUGUGUUUGUUCAGCUAUGGUUGUUGCCACUUUUUUCACUCUGGAAAGGCACCCUGCGCCUCUUACGAGAAUAAGGUCGAGAUCAGAAGGAGGCCGGUUUUCAAAGCGUGGGAAUGACUCAGAGACGGAAAUGAUUAGCAUGGGCAGUGCCCGACAGACAGCAUAA